AUGUCUGAAGAGAAUAAGAAUACUGAAAAUGUUCCUAAACCACCAACUGCCUCUGUAUUUUCUAUGUUUGGUGGUAAGAAACCAGAAGUGAAGAAGGAAGAACCAGAAGUGAAGAAGGAAGAAGAAGAAUCUGGCAAGGCUGAAACUGAAACGACAGGAAAGGACGAAGAGGAUGCUCCAGAGUCCCCUGACGUGCACUUUGAGCCAGUCGUUACGUUGGAAAAAGUUGACGUGAAGACUAACGAAGAAAACGAGGAGGUUCUAUUCAAGGUCAGAGCCAAGCUAUUUAGAUUUGAUGGUGAAGCUAAAGAAUGGAAAGAAAGAGGUACUGGUGAUGUUAAGUUCUUGCAACACAAGGAAACUAAGAAGGUCAGACUUUUGAUGAGAAGAGACAAGACCUUGAAGGUAUGUGCUAACCAUAUAAUCGCCCCAGAAUACGUCUUGAAGCCAAAUGUUGGUUCUGAUAGAUCCUGGGUUUACACUUGUACUGCGGACAUUGCUGAAGGCCAACCAGAAGCGUUCACCUUCGCUAUCAGAUUCGGUAACAAGGAAAACGCCGACAAAUUUAAAGAGGAGUUCGAAAAGGCUCAAAAUGUCAACAAGAAGGAUUAG